UUCCUCCUUGCAUAGUCUAUAAAUAUACAUAUCUAAUAAUGUCGUUUUCAAUAACACCAGAAAAAAGAGAACGUGCAGAAUGGGCCCGCGUGUUCGGGUUCAACUCUGACCCAAUUGGACGUGUCGAUCUGGCAACAGUGGUUGUGUUCAGCUGCAUAUACUCGCUUGGCCUCAUUAUCAUGGUUUACCUCGUCAUCAACCGACGUUAUCCGCCAUUGCGAGCCAAAGGUGUCAUGUUCUUUGUCCUGAUGUAUCUUGCGUCAGUUAUGUGGUUUAUUGGCGAUCUGCUGGCAGGCCAGCCACUGCGUAGGUGUGCGGUGAAUAUUGCCUGGCUGCGUGCAUCAUUCGGCGCAAUUCUGGUUCAACAGCUGGUUGUUGUCCGACAGUUCUCGCUCUACUACAUGUUUGUAUUGGGCAGACCAUUCCGGGGCAAGGUUGUCUACAUAACCUAUGCAACUGUACUGCUUCUGGCCACAUUGGGUGCACUAGUGAUAACAGUACUGCCGCACCGCAUGACAUUCUGGUACCUGCCGUACAUUGACAUCUGCUUUGUAGCCGACAGAUUCCAGCACGCAAUCAUUGUUAUUGUCUGGUUGCUGUGGGGCGUGGUUGCUGUUGUAAACUUGCAGCUGAGUAGGGUCAGCAUGGUCUUUGGCGAGUUCCGAGACGUGGUCAUUUUGAUGGCUAUUUCACUGAUCACGGUCAUUGUCAACACUGUGUCGAUGCUUGCUGUACAGUACUUUCCGAUACACCUGGCAUGGCGCACGGCGGUUGUUUACACGGAUCACAUUUGCGUCAACCUGCAAUUGUACUUACUGCUGGGCUUCCAUCAUGAGAGCUACUUGCAGUACUGGUCCGAGGUGCUUAUUGGCGAAGGGGGACGAUUUGCAGCAUACUAUUCGACUGGUGUUGGUUCUGGGGGCAUAGAGAGCAAACCUGGAACCGUAUCGUCGCUGUCAUCUGACCCCUACACUGUGUAGGAGAUUUUUUGUGAAAUAAGCAUAGCGG